AUGGCCAGCAAAACCUUCAACGUCGGCGUGAUUGGAUAUGGCAUGUCUGCCAAGAUCUUCCACAUCCCCUUCAUCGCCACCACCCCUCAGUUCAAGCUCCACGCCAUCGUCCAGCGCAGCCCCAAGGACGGCAACUCUGCGCCCGCCGACCACCCCGAUGCCAAGCACUACACCGACGUCCAGGACCUCCUCGCCGACGCCGCCGUCGACGUCGUCGUCGUCACCACCCCGCCCGACAACCACUUUACGCUGACCAAGGCCGCGCUCGAGUCGGGCAAGCACGUCCUGACCGAGAAGCCCUUUGUGCCCACCUCGGCCGAGGCCGACCAGCUCAUUUCGAUUGCGCGCGCCCACGGCCGCCUCAUCUGCGUGUACCAGAACCGCCGCUGGGACUCGGACUUCCUGACCGUCCGGCACCUGCUAGCCCAGGGCACCCUCGGCCGCGUCCUCGAGUACAACACGCAUUUCGACCGCUACAAGGCCGUCGCGGCCACCAACUGGAAGGGCGAGUUGGGCAUCCCCCAGGGCGGCAGCGCGCUCUUCGACCUCGGCACCCACCUCAUCGACCAGGCCUACGUGCUCUUUGGCAUGCCGCAGUCGGUCCACGGCCGCCUGUUGUCCCAGCGCGAGGGCAAGCCCGAGUUCUUCAACCCGGACGCCGUCGCCGCCGAGCUCACGUACCCCGACGGCAAGCUCGUCCACGUCCGCAUCAGCGCCCUCAGCGCCGAGGUCGACCAGCAGCGCUUCUGGGUCCGCGGCAUCAAGGGCAGCUUCCACAAGGUCGGCCUCGACCCCCAGGAGGACCAGCUCAAGGCCGGCGUCAAGCCCACGGCCGAGGGCUUCGGCAAGGACAAGCCGGAGAGCAUGCGUCUGACGGUGGUCGAUGCGGAUGGCAAGUCGUCGAUAGCGGCGGUGCCGGAUCUAAAGCCCGAGACGUACACGACCUUUUACAAUGCUUUUGGCAAGGCGGUCGAGAGCGGAAAGGAGGAGGAUGUGCCAGUGAAGCCCACCGAGGCCCGCGAUGUCCUUCGCAUCAUCGAGGCGAUCCAGGAGAGCGCCAAAUCGGGCAAAGAUGUGACUUUUUAA